AUGGGACAACAGGGCAGAGACAAGCGAAGUGGCCGGGGUGGUGGACACCAGCCCCGCGAGGUACAGGUCUCCAAGGCCCUCAGCUUGCUGCUGCGGCAUGCAGCGGAGAAGGAAGGACUGAAGAUGAACGCACAAGGUUACGCGAACGUGGCAGACGUGCUCCAAUGGCGCAAGCUCAAGUCCCUCAACGUCACUUUUGACGAAAUCCGACACGCCGUCGACUCCUCCGACAAGAAACGUUUUGCCCUCCUCCACAUUCCUUCUUCCCAGCCUACCGAUUCGACUACAAGAGCCACUACAGUUCCUCUCACUGUUCCUGGAUUAAAGGAACAAGGAGAUGAGACAGUUGCCACCUGCAGCGGGCACCCCUCCGCCUUUGUGCUGGAGGUGCCUUCGACCGCGGACGACCAAACGAAUGCGACCCAACAGGCGCUGUCUGUCACCGAUGUCGAACCUUCCAACUUCCUGAUCCGCGCGACCCAAGGCCACAGCAUCAAGAGUGUGGAAGCCGCCUCAUUUCUCGAGCCUUUGUCCCUCGCCGAUGAGUCCAAGCUCCCCGAUACCGUCGUUCAUGGCACUUUUCACGGCAGCUGGGCGGAUAUCCUCCAUUCGGGUGGAUUACGGUGUAUGGGUCGUAAUCAUGUACACUUCGCCACCGGGCCAUCACUCGCGAGUGUGCUGGCGGCGCAGGGGAUCGCACGCGAGCUCAACGCUGCGCCGGAUGAUACAAAUCAGGUUAUUUCGGGCAUGCGACGUGACGCACAAGUGUUGAUCUAUCUGGAUCUCAAGAAAGCGUUGGCGGCCGGGUGUCCGUUCUGGCGAAGUGAAAAUGGGGUCAUUCUGAGUGAGGGGGUACCGGUUGCGAGCGGUCAGAACGACGCCGAUGGCAAUCUGCAUAAGGUGGUGCCGGUGGAAUUCUUCGACGUAGUGGUUGAGCGUAAGGCUGGACUGGGCAAGCUCUGGGAGCGUGGGGAGAUGCUGCAGGAAUUACCGGCGCAUCUGACGAAGAAGGGGACCCCGAAGCAUCGGCGAUGA